AUGGAAUGUUGGUCACGUUCAUUAUCCUAUGAAGAAAAAAGCUCACAACGACAUGCUACUGCUCAACCACUUAUGGCUUUAUAUUUGCUCAAUGAAUGGUUUCAAUCAGAUCGUAUGUGUGAUCUUGGUGAAUAUGCUUUUCCACGUUUGUUCGUUGCUCUCUUCAUACGUAUGGCUUCACAUGUUGAUACAUUAUCGCCACAAAAUGUACCACCAUUGAGUCGUAUUGCACCACCAACUGGUAGUUCUCGACGUGAUUCAACAACAAAUAAUGCCAAUAACGCUUCUAUGUCUAGUGCAACAGGUGCAAAUACAAGUAGUGCAAGAAAAUCGUCAUCACGUCUUAGUAUAUUUGAUUCAAAAUCAUCUCGUAGUUCAUCUAAAGCAUCAUCUACUUCUGAAUAA